UCAAUCAAUAAAAUCCCCACGGGCCGAACUUGAACAUUAUGCUGCUAACACUUAGCUUUUGCCAACAACUCAUAGGUGGAAGUCAGAGCGCUGUGCAACGCAAAUAAUGUUCCGGCUAGAACACGGUGCGCUAAAUAAUAAAACAUAGUUUAACAAAGCUCCGAGGAAUUUUAAUAAUCGAGGUACUCUAAUCAUUCGAGGAAUAGUUUCAGCCCUACUACAAUCAAUCAAUCAAUCAAUCAAUCAAUCAAUCAAUCAAUCAAUCAAUCUUUAUUGUCAUCGUACAAAAUUUGCUUAAGUACAGCCCAUCCCAAGAAAAGACAAACAAAUACGAUGACACAUGGGUAGACAGAUGCCUGAGGCUGCAGCCACAGGGGGCCAUGGCGGGUGGGGGUCCCAGCACAGACCGCCCAGGUGAGCGACGUGGCCGCAUGGCGCGUCGCAUCAACCAGGUCGUUGUACCUGGGAAAAGGCAGAGGGCAACAAGUUCAAGGGGGAGUCGUGACCAUCCAUCCAUCCGUCCAGUCAUUUGGGCAGGGUUCUAAUGAAACCCAUCAGGUGAACCCUGAGCUGUCUGGUUCUCAUGUGUCUCCUGCUUGCUUGUGCUAUCAGGUGUUAGCAGCAGAUCCCAGGUCAGUCUGGAGCUGAAUGCGAUGACACCAACCGACACCGACAGGUCAACUAGUGACUGGUCAACUAAAUCUGCCAGCACCCCCACUGCUGGACCGAGCUCCUAUAAGGAGGACAGCUCUCCGGACUCCAACCUGACACUGGAAUCUGACUCCAGUGGCGUCUUUCUCUCCUUAUCCAAUCAGAGCCAGGAGGAUGGCGGCUCUGACAGCGACCAGCCAAUCAGCGACUCUGAACUGGGCAGCAGCAACACUUCGCUAGAGAAAGAUAUGGAUGAUGGAGGCUUGAAAGAGUGGGGAAGGGAGGAGAGCUCCGAGCUCCAGUGGUGCUACCCUUCAUUGCUCGACACGCCGUCCUACGAAGACGUGGACGGACACGGCGGCGGUGAUGACUCAGGGUGUGGAGACGCCGGCGUGGACCAGGACGACCCUCCAGCAGAGCAACCUGACAUAAAGGCCUUGUUCACUGCCCCCCAGAGGCAGGAAGCGCCGCCCAGGAAGAAAGUGACCGUGAUGGGCAUGGACCCGCCCCUUCCCCUUUCUCCUUCCAAUCAACAAAUCAAACACCUUCUAGAUCCAUACCAGAAGCCACUGAGAAGCUCAGGCCUGGACUGUGGGGACGUGGAUCCCUUCGUCCAAUCAGACAGCUUUGUCUACCUCGCCGUGUCUGCAAGACCUCUGCCCAAAGGUGAAACCGCCAGACUUAAAGAGAUUUCUACCCAUGAUGCAAAGCAGCACACCAUCCAGAAACAAGCAGGAAACACCGAAGCUGAGCGACCCACCAUGGACCCCAAGAUGGCCGCCAUCGCUCCUCAGAAACCAGAGGAGGGAGACUUCCUCUGCACCGACAGCUUCGUCUACCUGGCUGCUCCGGCAUGCCUCCUGCUGGGCCCCGCCGGAACUGCACCGUACGGUGGCAAGGACUCGGAUUCUGAGAGUUCUGGUUCUGGUCCAGUUGAUGUCUCGGUUCUGGGAUGCGGCUCAGUGGCAGGGGACAGCGACUGGGACUCGGACCUGUCUGACUCCGAUCCCAGUCGCUCCUCCAGGUCCGCCGGCCGGUCCCGGAGAGCCCCCGCCGGGUCAGACUGGGACAUGUACGGAGAAGCAGCCGAGCCCGAGGUUCUGGGAGAGCUGUUCACAGAGCCGGACAGACGCGGCUGUGGGAGGUCCGGGAAACUCCCCGGCGGCACGGAAGAGACAGAAACUGGGCCCGAGUCUCCAGCAGCGAAGACGGAAACGUCUUCAGAGCAGCAGUCCACCAAGAAGGUGACCUGGCAGUUCAAACCAGCCCAGAGGUCCGUUUGCACCGGAAGCAGGAAGGAGAAGGACCCGCCACGACUCCCAGAAACUGGAGGAGGGGACGGACACCGACUCUCCCCUUCCUCCUCAUCGUCUUCGUCUCCAUCCUCAUCGUCGUCAGGGUGAUUCCUGGCAGGUAGAAAGUAGCGGCUGAUCUUGUUGCUGUUGCUGCGGCUGCCUUCUCCAGCCUUGUACAAGCUGCAUUAGAGUUGUUGCUUUUCCUUAGACUAGCCCACAGAUUCUCGUGUAUAGAUAGUGGACUCGGUUCUGGCCCGGUUCUGGGACAAUAGGGUGAGAACAUUUAUCUUUAUUUCUUUUCUUAAAGGUUGUUUGGGCUCAAUUCUGGUGAAUGAAUGGAAACCCAAACAACUUCCAGGGCGAUACCGAUCCUCAUUACUCUGCUUCUCAUGUUGACUGUGUCUUUUAUAAUCAUAUUCCACUUUACAGUAUUUAAUAGUGUUUCAAUAAUAUAUUUUGAUCUUUGAGAUAUAGAUAAAUAUACGUAUAUAUAUAUAGCUGUAAUGAUUGUGCGCAGAGGAUGUUUCUUCUUCUAGACUCAGAUAAUGAAUGUUGUCAUGGAGCAAACCGCUUUCUGCUGUUUAUCUGCGGCCAUAUUUAGCAGAAUGCAGCCGGGUUCUGAUAGAAACGGUUCUGGAUGUGGCUCAGUCCGGUCCAUUUCCAUGUUUUCACAGCUUUUGUUACAUAACCCUUCUGCAAGUUAGGCGUUAUAUCAAUAAUAAUACAAAGUUAAACUCAGUUGCUUCCGUCAUGGUUCACAUUAGUCCAGACCCGGUUCCGAAUGCAUCCAGCUUUUCUCUGCUCCACAGAGGCUCACAUAUAUACAUACACCCAGCCGAACCUUUCACAUGCAGUGCUGGAGGUUCAAAGUUCAUGAGUGAGAGCGGCUGGUCGCUAGGCUAACCCUAGCCUGCAGCAAACAAGAUCGGUUCUUAAACAUGGUCAGAACUGAGCAGAACCAGAGAAAGUCCGUUCAUUUCUAGAUUCUAGCAUCACCAGUUCAACGGGCCGACAUGUCCGGAUGUGUUGCCUCAUCCGGACCCUUCGAUCGAAGGUCCAACCGGGAGUCCCUGCCGUGCUGAACUGGACCAGCAGAGUGGACUGGACGCAUCGGGCCAGCCAGAUGUUGGUUCUCCAGCAGAACAAUGGGUCCAAACUGGUUCUAUGGGAGAAAUCAGGAAGCUUCUGGGAUGACCUGGAGGUGGUUCUACUUCCUUCCGCUGACACUUUGGGUCAGACGGCUGAGGUCAAAGCUUUGGGACCCGUAUUCCAAAGAAGAAACUGAUGAACCACAGAAACUGCUGGGCCACUGGUUGCCAUGGUGAUACCUGUCAGCCAGUUCUAAACAGCGAGAAUCAGAAACUUCUAUGGUCCAAACAUGAACAAACAGGUUCAGUUUCUACAGAACCAAUUAGUGGGCGUGUCUUUGCUCUCUGGGCUCUGAUUGGACAGAAAUCAGGAAGUCCUCCAGCACUGAAAAUGAAACAGAAACAUGACUUAUGAAGGGUCUGGUGGUGUCGCCUGGUGAGUUGCUGCUCAGGGUGAGAUUGGCAUCGUUCCUGUUUCGACAGAAAAUGGAAACAAAAGUCUCCAUUUUUUCUGACUGAAUGUAAAAAGCUUGAAUAGAAAAAGAGACUAAUGGCGUUUUAUUUGGAGCAGCGAAAUCGGAUAUCGGUGUUUAGCAGAGUCUCUGGUGAUUCAUCCAGGUAGGAGUCCAGAGACUUAAUAAACCGGCACGCUGUGGAGGGUUUAAAAGCUGCUUAAUGACGUAAGGGCUGCUCCAGUUCUGACCAGCAUUCUUCCUCCAGUACUCCAUUCUCCCCAACAACCGUCAUGAGUGAGCCAUGCAGUGAUUGUGCAAGUCCCACUUUCUCCACAUUAUGAGCGCAUGUUUGGUUCAUUAGCUGGAGCCUGUCGCUCUGCCGACGCGCCUCCAGUCCGUUGCCGGUUAGUUUCCUCUCAACAACAAGGGAAGCUGAAACAGUCUGACAGCAGUGGCUGUCAGUGAUUCUCUUCUUCAUUUAGCUCACACACAGAGAAACAGCAAACUGCAGACGCAGCUAAUAAUCAUGUUGGUCAUCAGCAACUGGAGAAAGCAGUUGCUGACCACCCCUAACCUUCAUCCUAUUGAACAUGAUCUGCAGACUUCAGCAGGUGUUUUGUGCUGACAGAUGACUCACAUGAUGACAAAACUUUAUGCUAACAAACAACAGAAGACCUUAGCCAUUGAGUCGCUGCUCCAUCCAUCGGGCCGAGGUGUGGCUCAGCUGGUGCUGUGUCCUCUUCCUUCAGCUUUAGCUUCAUUCCUUCUCCUUAAAUCCAGGGUUCCAGGUGUUCCAGACAUCUGUCCUCCCUUCCUGUUUACUUCCACAGCGCUCCUCACCUUCACUGCAGAGCAGAUCUUUGCAAUGAAGGAGGUUAAAUAUUAGCUGCAAAUUCAUUCAAAGACCCCAAGAAAACUAUGCGAUUACUGAGCGAUAACCAGACAGUGCUGAGUUAGCUUCCAUACAUGGUGUUCAAAUUAAUCAUCUGCUUUCAUUUAUUUAUAUGUUUUACUUCCCGGCUCUGAAAUAUGACGAUGUUUGUUCUAUAAAGAUGUGCCUGUUUGCAUUUAAUCGACUCUACGGGAUGUUUUGGAGCUGCCAGUAAACUACAGAUGCACCAUGCAGCCUGUGGGAUGUACGGAAAGCCACGUGGCUCAAAAUUCAUCCACUUGUCAACAGCUGGUGGAGUCUGCUAAAGGCGGAUAAACAUCCUUUAGUUGUAUGGAAGUGGAACUGCUGGGAGUACGCUCAACAAAAACUGGAAUUUCCAGAAAACUCCGGUUCUUGUUGUGGGUCGGAUAACGCUGCUUCAGGAUGCUAAUUAAAGCUCUCUGACAAUGAAUUUAGCGUCUUAAUGUCCAAAAUGAAAGAAAAAAAAGCAUCCUUCAUUAAUUGCUGGGCUUCACGCUGCACGGCACAUAUACUGUUAUACCACAGAAGAAGAGUUUCACGUUUAAAGCAGCUGAGAUGCUGCUUUAAACUGAAAUGAACAUUUUUUUUGUUUUUAAGGUCCUCCCCCUCUUUCCUCUCCUUGACCCGGUUGGAUCGGACGCUGCUGUUCCCGCGGGUCGUGUAGUAGAAGGUGUGUGCUCGCCCAGUGAAGAGUUGUCAGCUUUGAUGAUGCUUGAGGGGAGAGGUGGGGUUGUGCUGAGAUGCCAGUACACAGCCAUCAAACACAAUCAAUAUUUCUCAUUUGAUCGGUAAAAUUAGUCCAAAUAUGUCUGAUGUUUACCCAAAAGUUCUGUUGUUAUACCAAAGCGUAAUCCUGGAUGUCACUGAUCAAUAAUCAGUUGAAACUAAUCCCAACUAUAAACUUGAAAGUCUUGGAUUUCCUAAAAGCCAGAUCCAAACUGUUAUUUAUGAAUCAGGACUAAAUGUUUUAAAAGUUCCUUUAUAAAACCCUUCAUGAGAUCCUCUACAAGGUACAGACAUUUGGGAAUCAGCGGUCUGAUAGCUUGCUUUUAAUUUCUUCAUGUAGUCUGUCUGAACCUUAGAGCGCUCCAGUCAGAUGAGCGGAUGAAUCACUAAACUGUGGUAAGACAUCUAGUUUCACUGUGACAGACUUUGGACAAACGGCCAAUCACAUUCUACUGAAUGUUUUUGUACAAUUUUGCUGAUCACUGUUGAAGCUUUGUGGUGAUGAACAGUCCAGACCCUGGACGCAUUUUCAAGGGGAGACAAAUAAGAAUAAUGUGAAAAUCGUUUUUUUCUGUGUGCCAUUUUUCCACAAUUAGUUGGAACGCAUUAAUGUUCAAAUAAAGAAUGAACUUUCUUCUG